AUGAGUUCUAAUUCAAAAAGGAGGAUCGAAACGGACGUCAUGAAACUUUUGAUGAGUGAUCAUGACGUUGAGUUGGUUGAAGAUAAGAUGCAAGAGUUCCAUAUAAAAUUUCAUGGUCCCAAGGAUACACCGUAUGAAAAGGGGGUGUGGAGGUUACACGUUGAGUUACCUGACAACUAUCCUUACAAAUCGCCCAGUAUAGGGUUUGUCAACAAGAUAUUCCAUCCGAACAUCGAUGCUGCAUCCGGGUCGAUCUGUUUGGACGUGAUCAACUCUACGUGGUCUCCGCUAUACGACCUUUUAAACAUCGUGGAAUGGAUGAUCCCAGGGUUGUUGAAGGAGCCAAAUGGGUCGGACCCUUUGAAUAACGAAGCAGCAACGUUGCAACUGAAGGAUAAAGAUAUGUAUGAACAAAAGAUACAUGAAUACAUCAACAAAUACGCUACCAAGGAAAAAUACAUACAGCAGUUUGGGAAAUGGAACAGUUCCGAUGAUACAGAUGAUGAGGAUGAGGAUGCGGAUAUGGACGAAUCAGACGACGAGCAAGCACAUGACGAUAACGAUAGUAUGGAACUAAGUGAUAUAGAAGUCAGUGACGACGACGAUUGA